ACAAGUGUGCUUCAGUGGAUUGUGGGACCAGCGGCAAGUGCAGGACGGAUGCAGACGGAAAUACAGAAUGUACUUGCAUCACCGGCUUCACAAAGUAUUAUGACGAGUGCAUUGACAACUGUGAUUGGUUUGGUUUCGACUGUUGGUCCGGCUCGUGCAAGAAGGACACGAAGGGAAAUCCGUAUUGUGACUGCGGCAAAGGCUACAGACUGUCUGCCGACGGGCGCUAUUGCAUUGACAUUUGUGACGCAGUGGAUUGUGGCGAAGGCACGUGCGUGAAGAGAUAUGAUGAGGAGGGAUUCGGCCAUGCAGAAUGCGAUUGCUUUGUGGGCUACCAAGUGGAUAGGAAUGGACACUGUAGUGACAUAUGCAAUGCGGCCUGUCCGGACAGCAAGACGUGCAGGAGGAACGGGGACACCAUCACAUAUUGUACCGAGUGGGAUUACUGCGAUAGGGAUUGUGGGUAUGGCGGCACGUGCAGGAUCGAUAAAGUAAAGGAUGCUGAGUACUGUCUCUGCGACCCCGGCUACAAGUUGUCUGCUGACCAGCUCACUUGCAUUG